AUGGCCAGUUCAAGCUCUCUCAAUCCAGUUUAUUCUUCCCUUAAAUUGCUUAUUCUGAAUCCACUUUCCAACAGUGAAUCACAUCAUGGAAAGCUCGGAUUUAAAUCUACAAACCCGAUUUCAACUAUGAAUUUGAAGAUUUCAACCAUCCCUGAAAAGGAUUCAGGGAGUAGGAGCUCCGGAGAUACCUCAAUCAAAGCAUUCUUCUUCAACUUGGGGAAACCAAAGCCAGAGCCUGAAAAACCAGCUAAGGUUCAAGUUCUGUAUGUAUACGAGUUCAAUGAAAGGGACAGAGGAAGCCCAGCAUACUUAAGGCUAAGCCGAAAGGAAGUAAAUUAUCUUGGUGAUUUGGUGUCAUUCACCAACAAGAUAUACUCUGGUGAUUUACAGAAAAGAUUAGACAUCACAGCUGGUUUAGGUGUGCUGAUCAAACAUGAGCCUGAAAAAGGAGGUGAUAGAUUUGAGGCCAUUUACAGCUUAUGUUUUGGAGAUUAUGGUCAUAUUUCAGUCCAGGGUCCAUAUUUGACUUAUCAGAACACAUCCUUGGCUGUGACUGGUGGAUCUGGAAUCUUUGAAGGGGUGCAUGGUGAGGUUAAGGUGCACCUGAGUAGAUCCCCUCAGUAUUUCUUUUAUACAUUUUACUUGAAGGGAAUCAAGGAUUUACCAGCUGAGUUAGUGGUUAAGCCAGUUUUGCCAUCACCUGCUUCUCAGCCAUCAGUUGCUGCAAAGGCUGCUGAGCCUCAGUCAACAAUCCCUAACUUCACUGACUGAGAGGUUAACUUGUGGAGAUGAAUAAAGUUUGUGUAUUGUUCUGUUUUUGUUCAUUAGUCUUUUAUCCUUACAAUCAAAGUUGUUUAUGUUUGAAUUACUUGUUAUUGUAAGCACUCCCUCCAUGAUUGAAUUUCGGUUGCGAAAUUCGUGUGUCAGUUUUGUAUCACUUAUUUUAAAUUGUGAUUUUAAUGAUAAUUUGAAUAACGCGUAUCAUAAAUGUCACAAAAUUG